AUGGUGAAAAUCGGCGGUGCGCGAUUGGAGGACGUGUCGCCGUUCUUCCAUCUCCCGAUUGAGGAGGCGGCGCGCGAGCUAGGCGUUUGCUCCAGCGCGCUCAAGCGGCGCUGCCGGCGACUGGGGAUCAAGCGAUGGCCGUUCCGCAAGGUGCGCAGCAUGAGCAACUCACUAUCGCGUACAAUGGAGGGCAUGUGCAACGUGGGCGCGGGCGGGAUAGUCCCGCCGGAAUACCUCCAGCCGGACGCCGCCACGCGUCUCGCGGCGCAGGUGGCCGCGGCGAAUCUAAUCAACCUGGACCAGACGCGCCGCCCGUUACUGCCGCCCAUGAACCGCCCGCUCAUGGGCGCGCGGGGGGCGGCAGGCGCAGCGGCGCCCGCGGCGGGGGGAGACGCAGGGGCGGGCGCGGGGGGGAUGAUUGCACAGAUGGGGGGAGGUGCGGGAGGAGGUGGCGGAAGCGGAAGGGGGGAUGGAGUGGAUGGUGAAGGGGAUGAGAAUCAGGAAGCGGGAGCAAUCGUGCUUCAUAUGGGUGAUUCUCCCGUACUCGCUUGGGAGUCACCCGAUAAGUGUAACGAGCAGAACCCGUGGGAAGGAGGAGGAGGGGGGAUGGAGGGCGGUUUUCGUGGUGCUGAAUUGGCUAUUCGUGAGGGCACUAUGGGGGAAGGAGCUUGCCCGAGUUUCCUCUUGCUCUUCCACGUUCUCAAGUCCCAUUUUUCAUCUGUCCUUUCCAUUCGUCUCGUCCCUUCCAUCCCACCCAUCUCUGCCACCAGGCCCGUCCCUCAUGCUAUCGGUGAUUCGCCACGCCGCCGCCAGCAGGGCUGA